UUCGACGACACACACAACUGUACCGGUUCACGUGCUCACGUAUUCGUAUUGUCUUCAUUAGCUAUACCUUAUCUAGAACUCUUGUUUCGUACAUGUUUUUAGUGGAAUUUUAUAUUUAUGUGUCGUACAUUCGUGUUCGUUAAAAUUAAACUCGAAUUGCUCUCAUUUUCUAAGAUAGUGGCAAAAGUUUAAUUAAAGUUUGUGUCAAAUUCACCAUCCAGUUCGAUCUGAUGAAGCUAUACAUUUGGCGGGAGGAGUGCACGAAUCUUUUCGAGGUAAUUUCAAUUUUCUAAGUUUUUGGAAGAACUACAUAAAAAUGGCUGGAAUCACCUCGGACGUGUAUGAUAUUUUUCAACCAACUCCAGUACCGUUGAAAGAACUAUCAGCGAUCGCCGUUAGCCUCCAAGUAUGGCGCUUCAAAGUGAAAGAAUAUCGUAACAAUAGCAAAUUGAAUGUGUUCUACCCAUCGAGUGAACGUAUCGUACUUAUCUAAAACCAUGCUGCCUGAUUUACCAUCCACAAUUUUUCCCACGAUCGAUAAAUAUGUGACAAGAUUCGGGCUUUCGAUGAAAAGUUGGCUGAAACAGCAUCAUAAUAGAAUAUUCUAUCAUUAUUACGAGAACCAGAACUCAGUUUUGAAAUUAUUCGAUGAUUUCGUAUGCGAUUACACCGGCGCUAUUGAUUAUCUGAGAACAGCCCGACGCAUGAUGUGUUGUGAUCGACUUGAUCGGUAUCAAAAGUUUGCAAUUGCUUGUACGUAUUUCUUCGAAUACCAUAUCAGAGGACUUUGGCCGUUGGUAUCUGUAAAUAUGAUCCCUUGUUUGGAUAAAAUUGAUUUUUAUAAAAGCCCGCAAUGGUACUACUGGAUUUAUUGUCUCCAAAACGAAUUGGAUGAGAUACCAUGUACUGAACUCGAUAUCGAAGAGGUUGAGUUAAUGUUGAAUGAAUUCAUGCCUCACAAUAGACCAUCGAUAGAGUAUUUUUGGAAUCGUUUACCGUCAGAGAAUCGAAUGCAAACAGCUGUCCAUAUUUUCAAGACAGAUGCGCCAUCUUUUUUUCGGUUCAUUUUACAAAAAUUCGACGAUCAACAGCUCGACGAAUUUGUUAAUGAAAACGAUUGUCACGAGCUGGUCAUUGGUUUAUUUAAAGAUGGUCUGUACGAUGAAGAGUGGAUUCUGUCAAUGUGGAUGUACGUUCAAAGAGUAAUGAACGUAGAUACGUUUAUUGAGGUGGUGGAAGGAAUGUUACAAAGCGAGGCUAGGGAGCCUCUUGUGGAUGAAGUGGAUUUCAAUGAUUGUAACGAUAAACGUCCCAAACCCAAGAGUUGGGGUGAUUUGUGUCGUGAAAUUUGGACAAUACCACCUAUAGUAAAAGGCCUGAGCGCUGAAUCGUUAUCACCUUCUGACGUCACACCUUAAGGGGACUCGAUUGUGUUUACCAUUUGAAUUUUAACGUAUGAUUAAAUGGCGAAUUCGUGAAAUUGAGUAAAACUUUCGUUGAAAAAGUUAUUAAAAUGAUAAAUAAUUAAUUAAAUUCGUUCUAAAAUGUGGUACAGUGAUGAAAUAUUGUUGUUUUCAAUCAUUGGUGGUGUUGGUUUACUUUCUUUUUGUACAAAAACGAAUUUUUCGCAAUCUGUUGUGUUGUGUGAUUUGAACAUGUAGAUAUCAAGUGAAUUGAAAAAUGAAAACUAAUGUGUGUAUGUGCUUGUGUUUUACUCUUUACUGGAAUAAUGUCAUAGUGAAAUGAAUAGACCUGAACCAUAAAAUCUACAAUGCGUUUUAAAUCUGCAUAUUAUUGAGUACAACAAUCCAAUCCAACUACAAAGUGAAAGUACAAUGGAUAAUCUAAUCAAGAAACCAUUAACGGCAUUAACCAUCAACAUCUCAAAACUGAAACCAAUAAUUAGCUGAAAGUGUUCUAGUCAUUAAUUUAUCACUCAAGUUGGUUAUCAUCAAUCACAUUGCUGCUGAAGAAACUGUGUGGUUUUCCGUUUUUUACCUGUGUAGUUGAAAUGGAAAUGGAAUACAUCGGAAUAGAGUGUUGAUAUCAUUCAAUUUUUGUGGGAUUUUGAUGAAUUAAGGAUUAUUUGACAAAUAUUUCAUUCGAUUUCACCAGUGAGUUGUAUAAUAUCCUUCAGAAGGUAUAAUUUUGUCAAGUUUAUGCAUUAUUUUCAUCUUUAAUGUUGAAAAACAAUGUUGUUUAACCUCGUUUUUUUAUUUUUGUUUUCAUUUAAAUCAUUCGUAGGUGAUCUUAAAUUCAUUAUGCAUGUGAAUAAAAUAUGAAAAAUAAAAUUUUCACCGGA